AUGCUUGAACAGCAACAGGCCUGGCUGGUCCGCGGCCUCCAGGAACUAUAUCACCGUACUCGAGGAAGCGAAGGUUCUACAUUGGCAGGCGAUCAAUUGAAAAUACAACAAAACGGUCACCCUCUUACCUAUGACCUCCUCACCCGUCUCGGUGCCCUCGAUCACACCAAGGGUGAAUAUUUCGAAGAAGGUCCCGACGAAAUACAUCAAGAACCCUGCCCACAUGGUAUGAAAUGCCAGGAACCAACCGACGGAAGCUCCGAACCUGAAGGAGGACAAAGUCAGCAUUUUACAUACAUCCCACCAUUCCAGGGCCAAGGGAUAUAUACGUAUGAUUGA